AUGGAGGAAAUCCCCGAGGAAUUGAAUGCCCGAGAAGAUGAUCAGGGCGCGAAGAACUUGACUUCAGUGAAUUCGAACGAUGAUGAUGUAGCUGCAAGUGGAAAGGGAGGUAAAGGCAGCCACAGCAGCAGUUGCAACAACGCCGGAGCGACCGCGGCGACUGGGACGAGUGGAGGUGCCGGUGGUUACCUAUUCAAUUUGAUAGAUCGAUUUAGUAGCCUGAAAAAGGCUAAGCAGAAGGUGGGAGAAGAGCAAAAAAGUGGUAACGAGAAGGAGGCAAAUGAGUGUAAUGGUACCGACCAGAACGGACACAUGAAAAAAGGAGCGGACGACGCGAGCCGCGAUUGUGAUGCUCAGAAGGGGAGAGAAGCGGAUCUCUUCGUGAAGAGUGAGAGUGGCAGUGGUAACAACGGCGUAGAGGAAGAGCCCGAGGAGGGGGUGAAACAAAAACACGGUAGCGAAGAAACUGGCGAGACAGGCAAAACUGGAGAGACAGGCAAAACUGUCGAGGCCGCCCAAAUCGCCCAGGUCGCCGAGACCGCCGAAGGGGUGGAGGAAACCUGCGACCAAAGGAACCCCCAAGAUGAGAUCGACGAGGGAGCAAGUGAACCCGUUUCUUGUCACAGCGCGAAGGAAGCGAAUAGCAACGGAGUUGAAGAGGACAAGGAGAAGCCAACCGGCGCUUCGGACUCCGCCAAGGAAGGAGAUGGUGAUACGAGCAACGAGAGUGGAAACAAGGUGACGAAGAGUGGCCCCUCCGAUCGGGGAGUCUCAGAUGGUGUUAUCUCACAGGGUGAAAGCGGAAACCCCAAUGAGGAGAACCCCCUGAUGAAAAGUCUCUGCGAUAGCGAACUAGCCAAAAUACAGGAACUAAUUAAGCAAAUAAAAAAAAACGAAGAACUGUACAAUGACGAGCUAAACGGAGAUCUGUUCUUUCUUUACGACGAGCUGUAUCACACGCUCCUCGACCGUUUAGAGGCUGCCAACUUAGAAAAUAAAGACAUGAAAAAACUCCUAAAAAGGGAGAUGGAGAAGUUUAAAGAGAAUCACAGCAUUGUUUCGGACUACCUUAAGGGUUGCGAGCACGAGGUGAAAGCGGUGCUGCUCAGUUGGGGUGGUGACAGUGAACAGGGUGGUGAUCAGUCCGGUGAGCAGUCGGUGGAAAAGGCUGAUGAACAGUUGGCGAAGCAGCCUGCUGAGCAAUCGGGUGAACAAUCAGGUGAACAAUCAGGUGAACAAUCGGGUGAACAGUCUCAUAAACAGUCUCAUGAGCAAUCCCGCCAGCCGUCGGAGGAGAACCAGAAAGCACCCCCCCAGAAACUCGACAAGGGAAUGCUCACUCAAGUAAAAAACUCCUUUUACCAAUACUUAGAGCAAAAAUUGAAUGACGAUUGUUAUGAUCACAACGGGAUGGAAGAGAAUUUGCUUCACAACAGAAAUCUCAGCUUGCUCUUCCUCCUCUUUUGUCAAAAACAUAUUAUCCAUUUUGUGGAGGAGGCAUUUUCUACCAUGUGUUUAAUUAUUGAGGAGGGUGCUAAAUGCGGAAAUGAAAUGAGUUCCCUCUUGAAGAGACUGAACUGUAUGAAUAUGAUUUUACAUUUCCUAAUCACGACGAAUGAGCGUAACGGUGGUGUCGGCAGUGCUGCGCAUAUUGCGGGAAGCAGCACUGGCUGCAUGCAGGGAUUGUACAGCGGUAAGGCUUGGCACAGCGAUAAGGCCUGGCAUAGCGACAAACCCUGCCAAAGCGACACGAUGCUCUGCGUAAACGGAGUAAGCAUCCAGAUGCCAAUCGAUUUGGUGGAGAACAAGGAUUACAUGGACGUCAAGCGGGAGACAGAGGAAGUGAGUGAGAACCACGACGAUGAGCAUAACCACCUUCACCAUCAGUUGCACCAACAUCAGCAGCUGCACCCACAUCAGCAACUGUACCCGCAUCAGCAGCUACGCCCGCAUCAUCAGCUGCAUCUGCAUCACCACCACCACGAAUUGGCCAAUAAAACCAACUUCAGCUCCUUAAGCAAUGGCAGCAACAGGACGAGUAAAAUUAAUCGACUCAACUUAAACAAGAAAACGUCAAACUACUUCAGAAAAGACAUGAACGAAACGCAGGUUAGUCUGUCCACGUGCCUAACGGAUACCUCCGUUGUGGACAGAAAGAUGCGUGAUAGGAAUGUGAGGAAGAAAGUUAUGAGCAACGAAAAUGGUGGCAGAAGUGUAGUGACACCGAGCGAUAAGGCAGGCGCCCUCCCCAAGAAGACACCGUAUGAAAACGGGGGCAGUGGCAGCGCGAAUGGAAGCGGGAACGAAAGUCGUAGUGGAAAAAGCACGCAAGGCAACGGCGUGACGAACGACUACUUCAGCGACAUGAUGGUAUACAUUUCGUGGGUCCCCAAAAGCGCCCGCUGCCAGUACCCAUUGGAGCUGCCAAAAAACUCCGCAGAGAGAAACAAGCUAGCCGAAUACAUAGAGGCAAAGGAGCAGAUGCUGUACAUUCUGAAGCUAAUGGGGUACGAAGAAAUCGAUAACAUUUAUUUUCACCCCCCAAAAGGAUCUCAUAUCAAAAUCAAGUUUAAAACGCUAGCCUGUAUGAACAAAUUUUUAAAGGCCUACAAGAACACGCCUGAUAAGUGGAAGGAGGAUAUGUUUAACUUCUUUAACAUCCCUUUCAGAAGCAGCAUUUCCGUGAGGGACCUUCGAAUAGAAAGAGCUGUUCCCAGAUCCUCUGCGGCGGAGUUUAAAAAAAUGAAGAAGAUGAACAAAAAUUACAAUGACUUGUUUUUAUUUAAGGACAAUUAUAAUCUUUGUGAGGAUGGAAAUAAUAACAAUUCUAAGAUGGAGAAAGUGAAUCUUCACUACGAUGCGUUUAAUGGGCAUAUGAUUGUACAUAAUAAUGGCGGAGGGACCACCACGGGUCCUACUUCCGCUGGUCACUCCGCAGGUCAUGCCGGAGGCCAUUCCGCUGCUGCAUCGGCGACAACUUCCCUUGGUGCUCCUCCCACUGCAGCAGCCGCGGUAGGGGUGGUAGUAACGGACCACCGCCACCACCACAAUGGAAGCACCCAUGUUAGCCUGAAAAAGAACGCUGAUCAGAGAAGGAGCAUUUCCAAGAUGAAGGGCGCUAUUGGAUCCAUGGGUGCUGAGUUUAGCUCCGGGGUUGUGCAUGGCGUGGGUGGAAGUCGAUCGGCCCUGGACGACCUGCACAACGGGAACAUGGCCUUAGGGGUGAACGCCGCGAGUACCGCUUCGUAUGGAGGCCUGAACAGCGGCAUGAACGGCGGCAUGAAUAGCGGCAUGAAUAGCGGAAUGAACGGCCGAAUGAAUGGCGGCAUUUCUAGCGGCGCGCAUGCACACCACCCCUUCUCGGGCCACAACAACACCAGUAGCACCACCACCGCUGCAACCGCGGUGAUGAUGUCAAACGGAAUGCUCAGCAAGGUUAGCGGCAGUGGCGGCAACGCGCUGCAUGGAGUUUAUAUGGCGGGAAGGAGUGGCGGAAAUAAUCUCAGAGAUGAUGGAAGAACCUUCCUAGCAGGCACCCACAUGGGAAGUGGAGUCAUGAAUGGGGCUAGCGGCAUGGGAGGCAGCGUCAAUGGGCACUACGGCAGUCACGUGGGAAGUCAUUUAGGAAGUCACAUGGGAAAUCACUUAGGAAAUCACAUGGUAUCCCACUUAGGAACACAUCUCAACAGCGACACCUUCAAUCACGGCUCCACCGGAACGAUGCACAGCGGAUGCCUCAACAACAAGGGAGGAAGCGGAAAAUCGAGUUACCCCAUUAACCAUAACAACACGAUGUACACGUCUAGGAGCUCAUCGAAAAAUUUGUACCUUAUGAAAGGCGCCAGGAACGUGAACAACAAGGGUAGUUGCAUGGGAAUGGGUAGCGGUGCUAGGGCAGGAGGAGGACCGGGGUCCUUUCUCUCCAGCUCCAAGUACCUCGGUAGUGGCAGUAGUAGCAACAAUAACGGCAUGCAUGCCAUAAACAAGGAUUAUCUUACCAAUGGAGGUUACACCUUAAAGAAGCAGACUCACUACGCAUCCUUCUCAAAUAACUCCAAGGGAAAUGUGAACUCGCUUAAUGAGCAUCUGUAUGGCUUCAAUAGUAGCGGCGGAAGUACGGCCAACGUGAAUGGAUUCAACGGGUCGAAUGACGCAAACGGGAUGAACGGGAUGAACAAGAUGAACGGAAUGAGCGGAAUAAACGGAGGCGCCAUUGCUAGCAGCGGCCUGGGAAGCCACAAUUAUGGAAGCAGCAGCAUUAUCCUUAAUACGAUGAACAACACACAGCAUAGUAACAACAACAGUAAUAAUAAUUCGACGAGGGGGACGCAGAGCGACACCACCAAUUUGAAUCACUUCUCGACCAGUGCACCUCUGGACGGGCCGACACUCAACAAGGAGAAAAAUAUAUUGCGUGGGUUUAAAAAUUGCUACAUGGGCCUGGGCGCAGUAGGAGGAGGAGGUGGGGUAAGCGGCAUCGGUAGCUUUGGCGGAGGAAGCGUGUAUUCGGAGAACAACAUUAACAAUAGCUGCAGCAACAGUUGUAGCAACAGCAUCGUUAACAACAACCACGGGCUGAUGGGUUGCUCUCACGGGAGAGUCGACGGCGGAGAGUCUCUCAAGUUACAGAAUGUAAGUGGAGACAGAAGUGGCAACGACAGCGGCAGCGGAAACUGCCAUAGAGACAAAUACGGAUCCGAUUUGGCUAGCCAAAAGUAUAGCACACAAAACGAUGACAUGAAGGAAGAUUUUAAGAAUCUCAUCAAUAUAGACUUUAUUAACGACAUCGACAUGGAAUUCGACGAAAAGAACAAUGAUCAUAUGUCGGUGCACAAUGCCACUGAACACAAUAGUGGCAAUGUUUGCAAAGGCUUCCACCACCUGCAUAAUGGGCACACGAAUAAUGGGAAGCGGCUCAACGGGAUAGGCAGCUGCAUGAGCGAAGGGCUACUAAGCGCGAGCGCCACGUGCGUGGGAAACUGCAUGGGAGGAAGCUGCUUAGACAACUGCGUCGGGAACUGCCUGGGGGGGAGCUGCGUGGGCAGCUAUAACGGCAGCAGCAGCAUCAAGGCGCGUGACUUCGACAGGUUCGACAAGUUUGAGGCCUACGACAGGUUCGAUAAGUUUGAAGCCGACGACAGGUUCGACGACUACGACAGAUUCGACAAAUUCGACCACUUUGAUAACUAUGACCAAUUUGAUAACCAUGACAACUACGACAAGUUUGAGAGCUACGACAACUACGAGAAGAUCCCCUUUGACGACAUGAAUCACGAGCCCAGAUACGGCAUCAACCUGGAGGAAGAUGAGGAAGGGCGAGAGGGAGACGCAGAGGUGGAAGGUGCACAGGAGGGAGAGGCGCAAGAUGCAGAUGCUGCGGCCGCGAUUGAAGCGCAGGACGCGGGUCAAUCAGGUAACUUCAACGACGAAAUGAACCCGUGCGAAAAUGACUUUGCCUACCCGAAUGGAAGUCUAAGUAACAACAAUAAAGUUGGAAGGGCCUGCGAAGUGAAUGUCGAUGAUGGCGCUGGGAUGAUCCUGUCCGAGGGUUUUAGCAGCUACUUCUGUGAAGAGAACUCCAAAGGUGUAUACAACUAUUAUGGCACUCCUGACGGAGAGGGCGUAGGAGGAGCAGUGCUGGCUCAGAGCACCGCCACGACUACCACUGCCACCACGGCCAACAAGAGCAAUUUGAAUUUGAGCGGGAGUGGAAACAGUGGGCAUGAUGGAAGCUCACCAAAUUUGGAGGAGACCACGUUGAGUAAUAAUUACAGUGGGGUAAUGGAGCCAUCAGAGAAUGGCAUGGUCAGCUCUCCACCAGACGGGAUCGUACUAUCGGCUGCCAAUGGGAUGGCCACCUCUGCGGCAAACGGCUUGGCCGACUCAUCUGGGAACUCCACGACCAACUCAGUUGCCAACAACGGCAUGGCGAACACGAGCUCUUCCCUUUACCGAGAUACGAUGAACCCCAAAUUGUACAUUGAUGGCAUCACAGUGAAGACAACCUUUGGAAAGUAUGACGACGGAAACUUUUGCGAGCUAACGAAGGAAGACAAACUGAGAGGAGGAGCAGGGGGUGAAGAUUCCCAAGUGGAUGAAUACGAUUUAAAAAUGAGCGAGGAGGAUGCAAAUAAGGGUUUUUUAAAUUACUCCUUUCAGUCCCCACGUGUCGACAACGAGCAGAGUUUUUCGGACAAUUACGUCAACUUCUUCUGA